CAACCCGAGGGAGGAGGUAAGGAAGUAGCAUUCUGGUGACAGAGAGAACCAUAAACGGUGAUCGAGAUGGAGGCGCAGGCGGAUUAAUGCCAGCGCCAGGCAGGCGGGUUGUUUGUGAUUAACUGCUGCUGGGGACUGGGGUAUGGAGAUGUUGCGUCGCUCCUCAGUAUUCGCGGCAGAAGUGAUGGAAGUAUUUGACCGAUCCCCCACAGACAAGGAGCUGGUGUCGCAGGCGAAGGCGUUAUGCAGGGAUUUCAUCCAUUCCAGACUGAAUAGGACCGGAAUUGGGUGGUCGAAGCCCGAGCAUCAGUUGUCGGCAUCAGGUGGGACUCUUGGAGAGAUCUCAUCUGUCCUCAUGUGGUUAGGUGAUGAGUUGGAGUUCCUGCGGCCCAACAUCUACCGUAACGUAGCUCGUCAGCUGAACAUCACCGUUGCGUCUGAGAGUGUGGUGUCUGAUGCCUUCCUGGCUGUGGCUGCAGAGAUCUUCUCCACCGGUAUAACGUGGGGGAAGGUGGUGUCCCUGUAUACGGUAGCCGGUGCCCUGGCGGUGGACUGCGUGAGGCAUGGUCACCCAGCCAUGGUCCACACCAUCGUAGACUGCAUGGGGGAGUUUGUCCGCAAGAGCCUGGUUUCCUGGUUGAAGAGGAGAGGAGGAUGGGCUGAUAUCACAAAGUGCGUGGUGAACACGGACCCCAGCUUCCGCUCCCAUUGGUUGGUGUCUGCUACCUGCGCCUGUGGACAUUACCUGAAGGCCAUGGUGUUUUACCUGCUCCGGGACAAGUGACAACGGAGGAUGAGUUGAUUCACGGCCACACGAUGGACAUCCUGCCCCAUCCGCCAGUGUAGGACAGGAGAGCCUUAUCCUGGUCCCAGAUCUGUUCGAGCUCCUGACAACUCUAUUGCUGUCAUUGUCAAGCCAAACAUGUUUGUUUGUGUGUUUUCAAUCAAGGAGUUUGUCAGGACAAGUGAGUGACAAGGAGUUGUCAUGAUAGCCCAAACAGACUGGCACUAAGCCAACCGGCGUCUGUCUGAGCUACAGCCAUCCCUCCUCUAGAGUUUUAGAUAUGUUGUUGUUAUGCACCUGCAGCAGUUUGCACUGAACCUCUGCCACUGCCACUGACGAGCACCUUGGGGCCUUCACAAACAAAUUCAACAAACGCACCGGCAUUGGAACAUCAAUGUGAAUAAGCUCGUUAGCUACGUCUGCUUUGAACAAGGGUAUUUAUGAUUUAGCUUGACAGUAUUAUUGUGACGUACAAGUACAGAUUCUCCAGCUGUAUUAUGAGGUAGUAGUCUAUACAUACUGAUCCAUAGAGUUAACCGUUGACUUGAAUGGGAAUGCCCAUUCUAUUUAUUCUAUAUCUGGAUCUAUGUUUUUCUAUAGCUCUCUCUGUCACAUUCCUUGUUUUCUUUAUGCUUACAUAGACUGGUUAACUGACGACGUCACACAAAAACAAAACACGCUUCUAAGAGGCAGAAGGACGUGUGUUGUGAUUCUGGAUGGCCAGACAGCUAGCAACAAUGACAAGAAACUGCCCUGAUUCUGGAUGGCCAGACAGCUAGCAACAAUGACAAUAAACUGCCCUGAUUCUGGAUGGCCAGAUAGCUAGCAACAAUGACAAGAAACUGCCCUGAUUCUGGAUAGUCAGACAGCUAGCAACAAUGACAAGAAACUGCCAUGAUUCUGGAUAGCCAGACAGCUAGUAACAAUGACAAUAAACUGCCCUGAUUCUAGCUGGCUAGACAGCUAGCAACAAUGACAAGAAACUGCCCUGAUUCUGGAUGGCCAGAUAGCUAGCAACAAUGACAAGAAACUGCCCUGAUUCUGGAUAGCCAGACAGCUAGCAACAAUGACAAGAAACUGCCCUGAUUCUGGAUGUCCAGACAGCUAGUAACAAUGACAAUAAACUGCCCUGAUAGCUAGCAACAAUGACAAUAAACUGCCCUGAUUCUGGAUAGCCAGACAGCUAGCAACAAUGACAAGAAACUGCCCUGAUUCUGGAUGGCCAGACAGCUAGCAACAAUGACAAUAAACUGCCAUGAUUCUGGAUAGCCAGACAGCUAGCAACAAUGACAAUAAACUGCCCUGAUUCUAGAUGGCCAGACAGCUAGCAACAAUGACAAGAAACUGCCCUGAUUCUGGAUAGUCAGACAGCUAGCAACAAUGACAAGAAACUGCCCUGAUUCUGGAUAGCCAGACAGCUAGCAACAAUGACAAGAAACUGCCCUGAUUCUGGAUGGCCAGACAGCUAGCAACAAUGACAAUAAACUGCCCUGAUUCUGGAUGGCCAGACAGCUAGCAACAAUGACAAUAAACUGCCCUGAUUCUGGAUAGCCAGACAGCUAGCAACAAUUACAAUAAACUGCCCUGAUAGCUAGCAACAAUGACAAUAAACUGCCCUGAUUCUGGAUAGCCAGACAGCUAGCAACAAUGACAAGAAACUGCCCUGAUUCUGGAUGGCCAGACAGCUAGCAACAAUGACAAGAAACUGGCAUGUUGGGCAAUCGUAAGUGGCUCGUUUUGAUCUUGUUCUUGAUUCCAUGUCUUGUUUUGAGGUGUUUUGACUGAUGUCACGUCUAUGCCUAUAUGGCUAAUAUUUGCUAGCUAGCCAACAACAGUAACGAUGUAUUUGAGAGACAACAAGUGCUCAUUGUGCAACUUUAUUUAUGUUUUCAAUAAACAUUGUAGAUGAAAUAUAGUUUACAUGUUGUUAACAAUCCAAGCCAACCACGUCUGUUUUGCCCCAUAGUUGUGCAUGCGUUGGUUUUGUUGCUAAACAACCAACCCGUCUUUUACUCCUGGGCAAAUAUUCAAUUUAAAGCAAACAUACACGUCAAGUGUUUUGCCAAGCAGCUGAUCGCUUUCAUCAGUUAAAGCCAUGCCUGACGAGUAAAGAUCCCUACUUGCUCAAGGCAAUAAAAACAUAUAUUUUUUUCAAUUUAAAGCAAUGGAAUAUUUGUAUAAAUUUGAGCAUAUGGCCCAGACAGAGUGGGAGAAUCUCAAUCGCUAUUUCCCUUGAUUCCUCACGUCCUCUCUCCUCACCUACUCAAAACCCAUUGGAUGAGCAGGUCAGAGCGGAGGGACCUCUGAACUUCUCAUCCAAUUGGUUUUGAGAAGGAGGCGAGGAGAGAGAAUGCGAAGAUUCAAAGAAAUAGCAAUUGAGAUUCUCCCAGUGCUUCUAAAUAAAGCAGAAUUUUCAGCCCCUAGUGGCUGGAAAUAAGAAUGACCGAAAAAUACAGGACGUGACGUUGUGAUUUUAUGAUCUCUGUAUUGAUGAUGGUCAGAUGAAUGCAAAGGAUAAUGGACUUCACUAAGUGAAAUAAUGAUCAAUUCCUCAGUUUGGAUGGAAAUAUAGUUUUGAUUAUAAAGUUUGUUUGCAUGCUUCAUGUAUGGGCUUGUAAGUAAGCAUUUCACUGUAAGGUGUUGUAUUCGGUGACAAAUAAGAUUUGAUUUGAUUUAUGUGACGAGUGUGUGGAUUUAUAGAAGUCCCCCAGAUUUUGUGUGUGUGUGUGUCUGUGUGGGGGGGGGGACUGUUUUUGUAGAAUAUUGUGCUAUUAUGGAUCACUCCAUCGUCUGAAACUUAAAAUCCCAUUCAGACAUUUUUUUUGUCUGUUUUAUUCUACAAGUUAUUUUAAUUUCAUGAAUAACUACACAGUAGCUUACAUAUAUUAUAUUUGGCAUGCAACACUUGAGUGUCUUCAGAAAAUAAAAUGUUUUAUAUUUCA